AUGAGCGAUUGGCUUGUACCUCUCAGCGGCUCAAAAGCACCAACUGCAACUCAGUCCAAGCAAAUGGCGAAGCGUACCAAGAAGGUCGGGAUCACGGGCAAAUAUGGCACUCGUUACGGUGCCUCCCUGAGGAAGAUCAUCAAGCGCUACGAGAUUCAGCAGCGUGCCCGAUACAUGUGUAGCUUCUGCGGCAAGGAGAACGUGAAGCGUGUGGCCGAUGGCAUUUGGAAGUGCAAAUCGAAAAGCUGCAACAGGACCAUGGCUGGUGGCUGCUGGACCCUGAGCACGGGCCCAGCGGCCACGGUGCGCGCAACCAUUGCGCGCCUGAGGAAGCAACUGCAGGGUGGCGUCGAGGACUGA